CUUGAUGACCAAAACAAGAAAGUGCCCCUCCUGCCACCAAUAAAUUUGCCAGACUCCGGCGCGGCCGACUGAAAGACGCCGGGAAAUUGAAAGAGGAGCUCACCAGAAGGAAUUUUUCUAGGCAAAGCAUACGUGUACAUGUACAGUCAUAGGGGAGGGGCUAGAGAGAGACGGCUUCGGCAAAACACGAUAGGUAGAUAAGGCAUAUACAAGGCACCUCCGACGACGGGAAAGGCGCAAAGAGCAAAAGAAAAAUCGCAUACUCAUAUCGCAAUCGCUUACCCAUCUCGCGUGUACCGGUAUACAGCUGCCGUGGCUUCGUCUCAACAAGAGUCAUUUCUUUCCAACACAAAUCGAUUCCACAGCCUGAUUCUCCAUUUCUAAACUCACGUCACAUCCCGCGACAAUGCCACAGGAAGCAAAAGCAACAGCCGACGAUACAUCGCCGCCGCGCAAGGCGUCAUCCGAAGCCUUGGAUGUCAAGAAGCCUGGUUUCUUCUCAACACGGCGAAUCCUGGGACCUGUCGACAAGGAAUUUGGAGAUUAUGCGCUAUUGGUACACUCUUUCGUGACUGGUCUGGUUGACGCGGCCUCAUUUGCGAAUUGGGGUGUCUUUGUGGGAAUGCAAACAGGCAACACUGUGAUUCUAGGCCUCUCGACUGCUGGUCUUCCAGACAACCCACAUGCUUGGACCACCACAUUAGUCUCCCUGGCCUCUUUCCUUGCUGGUGCUUUCCUCACCUUCCGCAGCACAAGUCUCGUGUCCCCCAAAGGCGUCACCAGCAACCGCCUCUGGCUCAGCACAAUCUUCUUCAUCCAAGCCGCCCUCAUCAUAAUCUCCGCUGCCCUCGUCAGCGCAGACCUCGUCCCUCACAAUCGCACUGGCUACCCUGAUGACGAACACAAAAGAGGCGUCAUCGGCAACAUCCUCAUCGUCAGCUUGUUCCCUCCUCUUGGUUUCCAGUCCGGCAUGCAGAUUGCCACUUCCCGUCUCUUGGGUUACAAUGAGUUGCCUGUCAAUGUGUUGACUAGCACUUAUUGCGAUUUGAUGGGUGAUGCAAAGUUGUUUGCUUUGCAUAAUGUCAAGAGGAAUCGUAGGGCUAUUGCUGUGGUUUUGCUGUUUGUGGGUGCUAUUAUUAGUGGUUGGCUUUUGCGCAGUUCGGGCGGUUUGCAGAGUGUGCUUUGGCUUGCUGCUGGCAUCAAGUUGUUGGUUGCUGUGUUUACGUUCACUCUACACCCCGCAAAGAUGGAUUGAGGAUGUCGGAUAACUUUAUGAAGAGAUGAACAGAGAAGAGUGAGCGUUGACGAUGUGCUGGGAUGCGCGAGCUAGGGAGGACGCUUACAUUUUCCGGUACAGAUGAUGAUGGGUGAGCAACGAAGCGCUAGCUGACAAGCUCAGAUACACGUAUAGAGUAAUGUAAUGUGGAAACAAAAAUUGAUCGAAGCGUUCAUACAUCUGCUGAAUGGACGACGGGUCAGCUCACUCAUGAGAAAGCAUGUAGUCCCGUUGAUCUCGACGUCGGCUUCUGUAACAAUGUGCCAUUGAUGGCUAAGAAGGUG